GGUUAUUCGCAGAGGCACCAUUGGUCUGGCCUUGGCCAGAGUUCAGCCCUCAAAGGGAUUUUUAAGAAGUGCAGGGCUAAGAAACAAUAGCUUAAAAAUGGUGGGAUCUGUCGUAUUUACAGUCAACGUUUAUAUCAAGCUGAAUCACAACAGUCCAUGUAUUUUGUCUGUCAAAUCUCUGUGAAACUUAAAACUGAUUGAUCCAAUAUUGCAGUAGAAUGGACCAGAUGGUGGUCUUUCUUCAGGGAUUUAUUUCCUUACAUGUGGCCCUGCACCCUCUCCCCUUCUCCCCUGCUGCCCCCAAAGAGGCAUGAGGGUUAUAAAGAUUGUGGUUUGUUACAGUUGCUUCCUUAGACAGAAAAACACAACAGUCUGUCAGCAAAGUGCUUGUGAUGUGUCUCAUAGACUACACAAGGCAAAACACCUUAUAAAGACAUUUUCUAAGCAACAAGUGGGAGUUAGCAGGAGAAGUUCUGAACUGUUGCCUGAACUACAUGACAUGGAUACUCUACAAAUGGUGUGGGCUGACUGCUGCUACCCAGGGUAUGGAAUGAAUGCUCUGAUGCAUCCAGACUGUCCAGAGUGGUGGUGUGUUGUAUGCAGCCCAGCAUCAUACAAUCUUAGUAAUGGAAUUCACUGUCUUUGGUGCGACAGCAGUUUGAUAUAUGGAGCAACAAAGUGCUAA